GGUUUCGCCAGACUGGCCAACCGCAAGGUCCAAGAUCCUGCAAGCAGCAUCCCGACGUCGCUGUUCUGAAAAGCCCGGACGCGGUGUUCAACGCAAGUCCGGAAUCACGACAGGGGACUUGAAUCAAGCCAUCGAUACGAAACCCAAGCCCGAUACCGAACCACCUGCCAUGCCAUCCACCGAGGUGAAGAGCCCGCUGCCCGUCAUCGACCACGACCACGACCUGCGUUCGCUCGACGAAUUACGAGUAAAGAUGGACAACAAAUACCUUACCAGCAGCGCCGCAAGUACCUCUUUCCCUGAAACGUCCCCUUUCGCGCUGCUAACUACUCUUCACAGCCUCGACAGACAUUCGGGCUGCUCCCGCCCGACGACUCUGGCUUUCUCAGCGACAAAGACCAAGACGGACACAGCGAUGGUGGCCGCCAGACCUUGUCGCCCACUCUUGGACGCGCACACCCCACAGCCCAGUGGGACGAGGUGCACAAGAGGUCCAGGUCCUGCGCGUCUGUUCCACAAACCCCGUUCCCUGCCAAGAAACGCCGCGCUACCUACAGACCAUCCACCGAUAAGCCCGCCGCUAAUGAACCCGUCGAUGGACCCGUCGAUGAACCCGUCGAUAAACCCGUCAAUGGCCCCCUCGCAUGCCUUCGUCCGGGCGAAUGGGUCAGGGGAUCUGUUUUGUUAUCGUCUCUGACUGCCCUGAGUAGCUUAUGGGCCGACUUGGUCAUGCUGGUGAAUUGCUUGCCUGCCAAGCUAGUUAGCUAUGAGAAGCGCUACGUAUAAAACUUGAGAUGCUCCUAUAGUCUUAGCUAGAUGGUGGAGUGUUUGUCCUGUUAUCGGUAGCGGUUGAUGGCUACUGGACGGUUGCUGUCGCCUGUA